AUGAUGGACGGCAGUCCCUCCGUACAGCUGGAGUGCGAAGAUACUCUGACAUCAGAAGAGCAGCAAUGCUGCGAGGAGAACGUCCUCAACAUCUUCCAGCACGCUUUGCUGCACACCAAGACGCAGGAGCUGCACUAUGCCGCGCCGGAGAAGAUUUCCGGACUUCGCUUGGUGCAGGGUCCCCCCACGCCAAUAAUUUCGUGCUCUCUCCAGGAGGAAAUCUCCCUGCAGCGCGAGCGCCACGUCAACUGGCUGCCUCCCGGCUCGAGCUUGUUUCGCCAACAACCGCCGUGGUUCGUCUUCUGGAUUUCCCAUGCGCUGGAGAUCUUGGACGACUUUAGCGAGACUCUUUGGUCGCCUCAGGUCUUGAUCCAAGAGUUCGUCGCAGGGGCUAUCGCUGUCGCUUCCAUGCUUCACCUUCUCACAGACGAGCUGCUCGAGGGAGUGCCGGAGUACAUUCGCAGGUGUCAGACCUGGGAAGGUGGCAUUGCUGGCGAAGAGGGCUUGGAGGCACACGGUGGCUACUCCUAUUGUGGGCUGGCGGCACUCUGCAUAGCAGGCAGAGCUGAUGCGCUGGACCUCCAUGCGUUCCUCAAAUGGGCUGUGUACAAGCAGAUGACCCGCGAGGGUGGGUUCCAAGGGCGCGCCAACAAGCUUGUGGAUUCCUGCUACUCCUUCUGGCAGGGUGCCAUCUUCCCCCUCUUGCACGAAGCCUUCCGGCAGCGAGGCGAAGAAGUUGCUCUGCCGAAAGAUCACUGCUGGUUUGCUCCGCAGCCGUUGCAGACCUAUAUCCUCCUAGCAUGUCAGCAUCCGAACGGCGGACUUCGGGACAAGCCUGGUAAGUCUGCAGACUUCUACCAUACCUGCUAUGCGCUCAGCGGCAUGGCGGUGAGUCAAUAUGACGUACAAGGUGGAACGGCUGUCUUUGGCGACCGGCGCAAUCUUCUGGAGCGGACGGACAUCUACUACAAUGUCGCGGUGGAGAAGGCAGACCGGAAGUGCGCAUACUUCAACUCCUUGCCGCCACUUUCGGUUGAUGGACGGACCGUUCACGGUCGCGAAGGUUCGGGUGCUGUGUCCUGGCGCCAGCACAUCCGAACAAUCGACCGUCAGGCAGAGCAGGUAGACGACCGACAAGCUGCAAGCUCCGCAACCUACACUGCGAGGAAAGGUGGUUAUGCAGGGGGACACUCUGUACCGCGCAGACUGCAAGGCAUGGCACUUUGGGAAAUAGUCGGUGGCAGCGAGACAGGCGGCAUCGUGGUGCGUCAAGGACGAGAGCUGAAGUCAACACAGGAGCCCGAACGGCUGGCGACGAAGUCGCUUGUGGAGGAGUUGGAGCUCGUUGCAGAACGUCUGCACUACCGCCUUCAGAGUGGCCGUGGACCUCAAGAAGGAUGGAUCAGCAUUCGAAUUUCCGGCAAGGAGCUGGCUGUACGCCGUGACGAAGCCGGUCCGACAAAUGGAGCACCGCCAAAGUGGGUGGAGGAGUCAGCUGAGAAGAUGCGCGCUUUCCGCGAAGGUCGGAAGAUGCUGCCGCCUCCAGUUGAGACACCUGAAAGGCUCCUGCAUGAGGUCCAGCCGAAAGACAUGCUCCCGCCUUUCAAGCGAUUGAGCCCCAAAGAGAUGGCAGAGAUGUCAGUGAAGAGCUUGCCAGGCCAUUUCUCCGGCUUGCAGUUCCCGCACAAUGUGGAGGGGCUGAAGUCUUGUGGGCCGUCGUGGUACACCCAAGCCUUUCAUAAGUUUGGGACUCUGCCCUCGGACAACAGCGUGGUGAAGGUCUUGCAUGUGGAGCAGCUUCCGCACUCGGGCUUCGAUGCCGCUGGCGGUGCCGGUCACAAGGCGUUGAUUGAGCUGCAGUAUGCCAAGCCAGACCCCAAUCUGCACACAAAGCUCUUUGCCAAAUACCCGUGGGACUACUUCGAGUCAGAGACCGGGAAGCGAUAUCGGAUGCAGAUGUCUGCGUAUCAAGACAUGGAUUCUGCUGAGCUGCUCACUUCCAUCUGCUGUGAGCACCUGUUCCCUUUUCGGAUACCGAAGCUAUACUUUGCCGACAUCAACCGCGAAACCACGAACUAUGUCCUGAUUGUGGAGCGCAUUCCCUUCGGGAGACGUGGGAAGGUGGUGAAAGGAAAAGUGACGGAGAAGAUCGAGAGAAAACCUUUCGAGAUCUUGCCUGUGUGUGGCAAAUACCAGGACUAUUUGCUGGAGGAUGCGCCGAGCAUCUAUUAUGCGCUUUUCCGUGAGAUGGCUCAUUUGGCAGCUUGGGACCAUCAAGGCCGCUACGAUUCGUUUUUGGGGCCGAUGCAAAAAUACACGGAGCAGGAGUACUUGGACCAAGUGAUUCGAGUUCGAAAACCGCAGAAGCAGAAGAAGUUUGAGGUGCUGCAAGGUGGCUGUCGGUCCAUGAUCGAGAAGGGGAUCGAUUUUGCGCUGAACGUUGCCUCGCAAAUUUUUACGGCCUCAGGCCGAGACAAGGCAAAGCUGGAGAAAAUGAAGAAGGAGAUCGUGGAAAUAGCGCCGUACUUUGAUGACAUCAGGUCAUACAUGAGCAACUCGAGCGACUGGACGGCGGCCAUGCACAUGAACCUCCAAGCGGACAAUGCUUGGUUCUGGCAUGAUGAGAUGGGCGAUCUUGAUAUUGGAGUUUUUGAUUGGUGCGGUUUCCAGCGUGCUCCGUUCGUGAUGAAUUUCAUGGGAUGUCUGAGUGGAGCCGAUGCAGACCUGCUCGAUGCCCACGAAGAGGGUUUGAUGAAGAUGUUCUGUGCAGAGUAUGAGAGGUAUGGUGGUCCACAUUUGGAGCCCUCCGAGAUGCUCCUGAAGUACCACUUGCAGUGGCCUUCCUUCGCUAUGGAUGCUUGCCAAUGGGUGGACAGAGACAUCUACGUCCAGUGCCCUCGGGAGGAGUGGAGCACCAUAAAGUCGAUGCUCGAUGACAAGUUCGUUGAUCGCUGGAAUGUCAGAUGCCGCGGAACUACUUUGGUGAAUGCUUUCGAGUUCUGGCACCGAAGAAAUUUUAGCAAGAUCUUCAACGAUUGGAUCUCCGGACCUGGCAAAGACUACCGGUCUGUCUACAGCGCCUAA